CUUAUUUCUUCUCUCUCAACGCCAACUCACAACCACCACCUCUUCUGCCACCGCCUUCCUCCACCGGAGUUCCGGCCUAUUCUUCACUGCAUCUAUUCACAUUUUUCACUCCAUACUGUUACUCCCAUUCUUAACCGGAUUCCGGUGGUUUCUUAAUUCCUUGGUCAUAUCCUCCACCGGAUUCCAGUGAGGUUUUUUAAGUUUCUUUGGAUUCGGACUCCAUCAUGCAAUCGGAAUCCAGUUCUAUGAAGGCUUCUCCAUUUGACUUCAUGUCGGCUAUAAUUAAGGGCAGGAUGGAUCCGUCUAAUUCUUCAUUUCAAUCGACUGGCGAGGGUGCCUCAGUUAUUUUCGAGAAUCGCGAGCUGGUUGCGAUCUUAACUACCUCGAUCGCUGUCAUGAUUGGCUGCUUUGUUGUUCUUGUGUGGCGAAGAUCCGGAAAUCGAAAAGUUAAGACUAUAGAGCUUCCUAAGCCGUUGCUUGGGAAGGAGCCAGAGCCAGAAGUUGACGACGGGAAGAAGAAGGUUACGAUAUUCUUUGGUACGCAGACUGGUACUGCUGAAGGCUUUGCAAAGGCUCUAUCUGACGAGGCGAAAGCACGGUACGAUAAGGCCAAGUUUAGAGUUGUUGAUUUGGAUGAUUAUGGGGCUGACGAAGAUGAAUACGAACAAAAAUUGAAAAAGGAGUCUGUAGCUGUUUUCUUCUUGGCAACGUAUGGCGAUGGAGAGCCCACUGAUAAUGCCGCAAGAUUCUAUAAAUGGUUCACCGAGGGUAAAGAGAGAGGGGAAUGUCUUCAGAACCUCAAUUAUGCAGUCUUUGGCCUUGGCAACCGACAAUAUGAGCAUUUUAAUAAGAUUGCAAAAGUGGUUGAUGAGCUGCUUGAGACUCAGGGUGGUAAGCGCCUUGUAAAAGUUGGACUUGGAGAUGACGAUCAGUGCAUAGAGGAUGACUUCUCUGCUUGGCGAGAAUCAUUGUGGCCUGAGUUGGAUCAAUUGCUUCGGGAUGAGGAUGAUGCAGCAACUGUGACCACACCUUACACAGCUGCCAUAUCAGAAUACCGAGUGGUAUUCCAUGAUCCUUCAGAUGUAACUGAUGACAAAAAGAACUGGAUGAAUGCAAAUGGUCAUGCUGUACAUGACGCACAACAUCCAUUCAGAUCUAAUGUGGUUGUGAGAAAGGAGCUCCAUACACCUGCGUCUGAUCGUUCUUGUACUCAUCUAGAGUUUGAUAUUUCUGAGUCUGCACUCAAAUAUGAAACAGGGGAUCAUGUUGGUGUUUACUGUGAAAAUUUAACCGAGACUGUUGAUGAGGCUCUAAAUUUAUUGGGUUUGUCUCCUGAAACGUAUUUCUCCAUUCAUACUGAUAAUGAGGAUGGCACCCAACUAGGUGGAAGCUCUUUACCACCUCCUUUUCCAUCCUGCACCCUCAGAACAGCAUUGACUCGAUAUGCAGAUCUUUUAAAUUCACCCAAAAAGUCAGCAUUGCUCGCAUUAGCAGCACAUGCUUCAAAUCCUAUAGAGGCUGACCGAUUAAGAUAUCUUGCAUCACCUGCUGGGAAGGAUGAAUAUUCUCAGUCUGUGGUUGGUAGCCAGAAAAGCCUGCUUGAAGUCAUGGCUGAAUUUCCUUCUGCCAAGCCUCCACUUGGUGUCUUCUUUGCAGCUGUUGCACCACGUUUACAGCCUCGAUUCUACUCCAUAUCAUCAUCUCCAAGGAUGGCUCCAUCUAGAAUUCAUGUUACUUGUGCUCUUGUCUAUGACAAAAUGCCAACUGGACGUAUUCAUAAAGGAAUUUGCUCUACUUGGAUGAAGAAUUCUGUGCCCAUGGAGAAAAUCCAUGAGUGCAGUUGGGCUCCAAUUUUUGUGAGGCAAUCAAACUUCAAGCUUCCUUCUGAUAGUAAAGUGCCUAUUAUCAUGGUUGGUCCUGGAACUGGAUUGGCUCCUUUCAGAGGUUUCUUACAGGAAAGAUUAGCUUUGAAAGAAUCUGGAGUAGAAUUGGGGCCUUCCAUAUUGUUCUUUGGAUGCAGAAACCGUGCAAUGGAUUAUAUAUACGAGGAUGAGCUGAACAACUUUGUCGAGACUGGUGCUCUCUCCGAGUUGGUUAUCGCCUUCUCGCGUGAAGGUCCAACGAAAGAAUACGUGCAACAUAAAAUGACAGAGAAGGCGUCAGACAUCUGGAAUUUGAUAUCACAAGGUGCUUACUUAUAUGUAUGCGGUGAUGCAAAGGGAAUGGCUAGAGACGUCCACAGAACUCUCCACACCAUCGUGCAAGAACAGGGAUCUCUUGACAGCUCGAAAGCUGAGAGCAUGGUGAAGAAUCUACAAACGAGCGGAAGGUAUCUGCGUGAUGUGUGGUGAUAAAACUGCUCAACCCAUGUGAUCUCCAGAAAGGCAUAAUAAUUAAUAAGAAAAAAGUAAAUGUGGUUGAAUUAAAUUAUUAUUGAGGUUCCUAUGUCAAUCACUUGGAUUGAGACUUUUGAUGGGUCUUCUUCUUAGCGAGGCAGAGGUUAUGGAAUUCUCUUCUUUUCUAUCUCCCCAUUUUGAUCUACAGCUAAACAUGAAGGAUUCUUUUGUUCUUGUAAUUUAUAAAAUACAGAAUGUAGUUUGUCAUUAGUUAGAGCUCUCGUUUCUCUUAGUGUUAUUGUAUCAACCAACAAUAUGGUUCAAACUUCAAAUUCAUAUAUACUUUGCUGUAAUAUUAAACGGAUCAAAUAAUUUCCAAUUUUGUCUUCAUA